CCAGUAAGCAGGUGGCAGUGCAACAGCCACCCCGCCUUUGGUGUCUCCUGGAGUCUUGGGAUGGAAGGGGAAGCAGACACUCCAGGACCAGUUUCCUGAAGCUCCAAGGCCAUCCAGCUGUUGUGCGGGAGCAACCCGGGAACCAGAGGCAGCCACCAUGGCACAAGGGCUGGAGGUGGCCCUCACCGACCUCCAGAGCUCCUGGAACAACGUGCGACAUCACACAGAGGAGAUCAGCUCUGACCGCCUCCUUGUUCGCCGGGGCCAGGCCUUCAACAUCACCCUGUACUUCAAGAACCGGGCCUUCCAGCCGGGCCUGGACAACAUCAUCUUCGUGGCUGAGACUGGACCGCUGCCAGACCUGGCCAAGGGGACUAGGGCCGUGUUUAGCCUGGCAGGUUGUCGUGGCCCCAGUCCCUGGAUCGCCUCACUGGAGACCAUCGGGGCCAACUCCCUGGAGGUGAGCCUAUGUGCCCCUCCUAUGGCGGCUGUGGGUCGGUACCUCUUGAAGAUACACAUCGAAUCCCUACAGGGGCCUGUCACGGCCUACCAGCUCGGGGAGUUCAUCCUUCUCUUCAAUCCCUGGUGCCCAGGGGAUGCUGUCUUCUUGGACAGUGAACCCCAGAGGCAGGAGUAUGUCGUGAAUGAUUACGGCUUCAUCUACCAAGGGAACAAGAACUGGAUCCUCCCCUGCCCCUGGAACUAUGGACAGUUUGAAGAGAAUAUCACAGACAUUUGCCUGGAGCUGCUAGACAAGAGCCUGAACUUCCAGAUUGACCCAGCCACAGACUGUGCCCUGCGGGGCAGCCCCGUCUACAUCAGCAGAGUGGUGUGUGCCAUGAUCAACAGCAACGAUGACAGUGGGGUGCUCGAUGGAAACUGGAGCGAGAAUUACUCAGAUGGCAUCAACCCCGUGGAGUGGACAGGCAGCGUGGCCAUCCUGAAGCAGUGGCACGCCACAGGCUGUCAGCCAGUGCGCUACGGGCAGUGCUGGGUCUUUGCAGCUAUCAUGUGCACAGUGAUGAGGUGCCUGGGGAUCCCCACCCGCGUGAUCACCAACUUUGAUUCUGGCCACGACACAGAUGGAAACCUGAUCAUAGAUGAGUAUUACGACAACACCGGCAGGAUUUUGGAGAAUAAGAAGAAGGACAGUGUCUGGAAUUUCCAUGUCUGGAAUGAGUGCUGGAUGGCCCGGAACGAUCUCCCUCCUGGUUACGGAGGCUGGCAGGUGCUAGACGCCACACCUCAGGAGACAAGCAAUGGCCUCUACUGCUGUGGCCCUGCCUCUGUCAGAGCCAUCAAAGAAGGAGAGGUGAAUCUGAACUACGACACAGCCUUUGUCUUCUCCAUGGUGAAUGCUGACUGCAUGGCCUGGCUGGUCUUUGGAGGGAAGGAACAGCAACUGCACCAGGACACCAAUUCUGUUGGCAAUUUUAUCAGCACCAAGAGCAUCCAGAGUGAUGAGCGGGAUGACAUCACGGAAAACUACAAGUACAGAGAAGGUACCCUCCAGGAAAGGCAGGUGUUUCUGAAGGCUCUUCAGAAGCUGAAGGCUGGAAGGUCCCAAGGCUCCCUCCGAGCAGAAUUGCAACCUUCCAGGUCCAUGCCACCGAGGGACAGUCCUCGGAGCCUGGCUACGCCUUCCCUUCGGCCCAGUGAUGCUGUCCAGGUCUCCCUGAAAUUCCAGCUGCUCGACUCGCCCAACAUGGGCCAGGACAUAAGGUUUGUCCUGCUGGCCCUCAACAUGUCGCCCCAGUUCAAGGACCUCAAAGUGAACCUGAGUGCCCAGUCUCUGCUGCAUGAUGGCAGCCCCCUGCCCCCAUUCUGGCAGGACACAGCCUUCAUCACACUCUCUCCUGAAGAAGCAAAGACCUAUCCCUGCAAAAUCCCCUAUUCCCAGUACAGCCAGUACCUGUCCACAGACAAGCUGAUCCGCAUCAGUGCUCUGGGUGAAGAGAAGAGCAGUCCUGAGAAGAUCCUGGUGAACAAGAUCAUCACCUUAGCCUAUCCUGGCAUCAUGAUUAAUGCUUUAGGAGCAGCCAUUGUGAACCAGCCACUCUCCAUACAGGUGAUGUUUUCAAACCCCCUCUCGGAGCAGGUUGAAGACUGUGUGCUGACUGUGGAAGGAAGUGGUCUCUUCAGGAGACAGCAGACGGUCCUCAUUGGAGUCCUCACACCCCGUCACAGAGCCUGCCUCACUCUGGAGACUGUCCCCUUCAAGAGUGGUCAAAGGCAGAUCCAAGCAAAUCUGAGGAGCAACAAGUUUAAAGACAUCAAGGGUUACAGAAACGUCUACGUAGACUUUGGGCUAUAAAUUCUGGGACAAUAAGCUGGACGUGUAGAUGUUAAGUUUCAGGGAAAGAGCAAGUUCAAAUGCAAGUUGUGCCAUUCCCCACCAAAACAGAGGCUCCUCCUAGCUCUGAUGUGAGCAGCAGGGGAGAUGCUGGCAAUGGAUAGUCUCCUGGGCCAUUUGCACGGCUCCCCAGGACUCUGUCCAGGGCUCAGGGAUUCCAUGGUGUCCCAUCCAGAAUUGUGAGAUUCGCCAUACAGUCUAGAAUUGUUGGACUUGGCCAUGAUUUACUGACCCCAGGAUGUCCAGAAAAGAGGAAGACUAGCUGAGCAGCUCACUGUCACUUUGUCAUUGCAAUGGCUACUUCCCUAGUACCAAUAAACUUCAGCCCUCAUUCU